UGAGGUUUAUAAUGGCUGAGGCUCCCCGAGUUGACGGGAGAAUAGAUCUAGACAGACCGAGAUGGCAGCAGAACACCUAUAUUGGGAGAGCAAAGCACUUCUUCAGUGUCACGGACCCUCGUAACGUACUUCUUACUGGGUCUCAAUUAGACAAAGCUAAAGAACUGUUGAAACUAUACAGGGAGAAAAAAGAGCCUGCUGGGGUUACUGAUGAUCAAGUAUAUGCUGCCAAGAAGAUGUAUGAGAGUGCUUUUCAUCCUCAGACACAACAGAAGAUGUUUCUUCCUGGGAGAAUGAGCUUUCAGGUUCCCGGCAACAUGACUAUAACAGGAUUGAUGAUGACAUACUACAGGUCGACGCCUGCUGUGUUAUUUUGGCAGUGGAUUAACCAGUCUUUUAACGCUGUCGUCAACUACACGAACAGAUCUGGAAAAAGUGACAUCCCCGAAUCUUUGCUGCUUAAGUCCUACAUAGCUGCCACAACGUGUGCGGUAGGGGUCGCAGUUGGUCUCAACAAAGCCACAGUGAAACUACCGCCUCUAGUUGGACGAAUGGUCCCCUUCGCUGCUGUAUGCUCUGCUAAUUGUGUUAAUAUCCCAAUGAUGCGACAAAGUGAACUGAUAGACGGUAUAGACGUGUUGGAUGAUAACGGUGAGGUGGUGGGACAAAGCAAGGCUGCUGCCAGAUCAGCUAUUACACAAGUAGUUUUCAGCAGAAUACUCAUGGCCACUCCUGGAAUGGCCCUCACCCCCGUAAUAAUGAACGCACUGGAGACGAAAACAAAACUUUUCAAGGGCCGUGCUUGGCUGGGAGCGCCUGUGCAAGUCGGAAUAAUUGGACUUAUUUUGACAUUUGCGACUCCCCUGGCGUGUGCUGUAUUCGAACAGAACAGUUCUAUCGGCGUGUCGAAAGUUGAAGAUAAUAUUCAGCUGAAGCUACGAGAAAUGAACUCCAAAGCCAAAGUUCUGACAUUUAACAAAGGCUUGUAAUUACGACCCCCGCUUAGAACAAUAAGACAUGAACUCUGUUGAUAUAUAUUUAGAAAAACUUUGUAGUUUAGUUUAGGGUUAAAUAGUGGAGUAAACUUAUUUUUACUUUUUUAGCCUUUUUGGAUUAUUCUAUUAUAGAAUUAGUAAUUUAUUGUGCCUCCUGUUUUGCGAUUUUUUCUGUGUUUCAAGAAGUUAACCCAUUUAUAUGGUUGUACAUUUGUGGAGCUUCAAGUAUUUGUGAAUUUAGAUUUUAUAACAUUUUGAAUUUUAUUACUACGCUCUA